ACAAAAGAAGCUUCAAUUUUCUCUCUUUCUCCGACUUUCGCUUCUCCCUGGUGCACUCAAUCGUAGACCACCAAUGAUCUCCUUGAAGAGACAAUAGAUUGGAGGAGGAGGAGGAGGAGGUACGCCCAGUUUCUGGAGCCCGUUAAACUUGGUUGUCAAAUUGUGGUAUCAGGCUGCCAGUCACGAUGUUUGGUCUUUGGAGUAAUUCUCAUCAUGAUCAGGAGGAUGAUCCACUACGGCCCGAGUUAAAGAUCAAUGAGCUUAAGGCUGCAAUCGGACCCCAAUCUGGACGUAGUUUACAGUAUUGCAGUGAUGCAUGCUUGAGGAGAUAUUUGGCAGCUCGGAAUUGGAAUUUAGAGAAAUCAAAGAAAAUGUUGGAAGAGACACUCAAUUGGAGAUCAACCUAUAAGCCUGAGGAAAUCCAAUGGCAUGAAAUUGCAAAUGAAGGUGAGACUGGAAAAGUAUACAGAGCAAAUUUUCAUGACCGACAUGGCAGGACUGUUCUUAUACUUAGACCAGGAAUGCAGAACACUAAAUGUUUGGAUAGCCAGAUGCGGCAUCUAGUGUAUCUCAUAGAGAAUGCUAUUCUGAACCUUCCAGAGGGUCAAGAACAGAUGUCAUGGUUGAUAGACUUCACUGGGUGGUCCUUAAGCACCAGCGUGCCCGUCAAAUCUGCUCGAGAUACCAUCAAUAUUUUGCAGAACCACUAUCCUGAGAGGCUAGGUGUAGCAUUUCUCUACAAUCCCCCACGGAUUUUUGAAGCAUUUUGGAAGAUCGUCAAGUACUUCUUGGAUGCCAAGACAUUCCAGAAGGUGAAGUUUGUGUACCCUAAAAAUAAAGAUAGUGUGGAGCUGAUGAGAUCAUAUUUCGACGAGGAAAAUCUUCCUACCGAGUUUGGAGGAAAGGCCAUACUGAAUUAUGACCACGAGGAGUUCACCAGACUAAUGACUCAAGAUGAUUCCAAAACUGCUGCCUUUUGGGGAUUUGACGACAAGCCCAAACACGUUGGCAAUGGAUAUGCAGGAGCUGAGGUGGUUCCAGAGCCAGUGUGUCUUGCACCGCCAGCCAGCUGAGCUGACUACCCCUGCACGGUAUUUUGCUACAAUAAAGUCGUAGAAUUCUCUCCAAGCCUCAAUGCUUGUCCAUUGACUAAAAGAGAUAGAAAACUCAAGAGCGGCCGCCAGCGAUGUUCGGGCUUAGCAUAUCAUAAACAGAUUCAAUUUGAACUCCUUACUAUUUAACAUGGGAAAUUAUCUAUCUUCAUGUAUUCCUCAUCUUGUUGCUGAUAUGAUCACACUCCCACCUGUCCCGGAAAAAACUAUAUGAAAUGAAAUAGGCAUAUGCACGGCCACGUGGAUCCA